AAAGUCCGUGACCCAAGUCAGAAAGCCAAUAAUGAAUAACACCCUUUUUUUUCUCUCUUCCCUCAUAAGUUUUCACCAUUAUAAAUACCCCGCCACCCCAAUCUUCCCUUUCAAGCUCACAUUCUUAACCUUCUUUCGCUCUACACCCAACACCUUCUUGUUCCCACCACAUCAAAAGUCACAGACAGUAGAAACUACUUACGUUAAAUCAAAAUGAGAACCAUUUCCUCUACCACCACCACCACCACCUACUCCACUACGAGUUCAUUAGCACCCUCAGCCACAGAAUCAUUCACAAGUGUUCAACACUCGUCAUGGCACUCUCCUGUUCCGUACCUAUUUGGAGGACUGGCUGCGAUGCUUGGUCUCAUAGCGUUUGCGCUAUUGAUCUUGGCUUGCUCAUACUGGAAACUUUCUGGUCAAUUACAGAACGAAGAAAACGGUGACAGGGACUUGGAAAACGCCGGUGGUGAGAAAGCGAGUGACUCUGCAAAAAACGAAUCCGCUAAAGUCUAUGAGGAGAAGAUUCUGGUGAUUAUGGCUGGAAAUGUAAAACCCACAUUCUUGGCCACCCCUGCUUGCUCCAAGUCCUCGUCUUUUGGCGAUGGUGUUGAGAACCAUUCUGACAAAGACCUCAAAAAUCAUGAAACUAUCGAGAAAUCAGAGAAAGAAGAAAUGGAUAAUCAUGUUCAAGCUACUACUACAACUCCAUUACCACAACCACAAGAAACACAACAACAAAACCAGUCGCAUUGACGAAGUUAUCCCUUGGUUUGAAAUUCAAUCUUAGUUUAGGUUUAAGCAUAUAGAGGGAGCAUCUUUCUCUGUUUCUCUCAUCAUUCCCUCUUCUUCUUUUUUGCGUAGCUUUCCUUUCUUUUACUCUUUUUGGGUUUUUGACCUUGUUGGUUUGUGUGUCAUGAUUCGGGAAGUGUAAAGUUACGCUGAGAUGAAUUAAAAUUAAGGGAGUUUUCUUUCCAUCUAUGGAC